GAGCUGUGUGGAGGAAGCAUUGCGAAUGUUAAAUGGAACCCAGUUGGGUGGACAAAAUAUUCGACUUUCAUGGGGCCGUAGUCCAUCAAACAAGCAGGUUAUUAUUCCUUCAUUCAACCAUCUGCUUUCUGGUAACAUCUACAUUUUCGUUGCCCACGAAGCUGACAAGCAUACGGAUCCAUCUGUUGGUUUUAUUCAGCCUCAGGUUGAUCCAAACCAGUGGAAUGGUGGAUAUUAUGGAUAUGCACCUGGAUUUGAAACCUAUGGAUAUGUUCCUCCAACUGCCCAGGAUCCUAAUCUGUACAAUGGUGGGUAUCCUGGAUAUGGAAACUAUCCACCAACCCAACAGCAGCAGCCACAGGUAGGUUGUGAAUAUGCGCUUUUGCUAUAA